AUGGGGAAACUGGCCAACAACCUGUGCAGAAACUGGGAACGGGGAAACUGGCCAACCACCUGCGCAGUCAAAUCGAGCAGUUGGCAGGGGAAAGCUUUGUCAGACACCUAUGUACCAAGUAAAGGUACACGCAAAUAUCUAAGGCCGACUAGGAAAGGGGAAACUAGGCAACCACUUGUGAGUCAAAUCGGGCAACUAACUGUGGCUGGGGAAAUCAUGGUCGGACAACUAACUGAGUACUGA